UGGUGCCGGUUCCACGUGUCUGCUACAGAGGUAGAGUUUCCACACGAUAUUUCUAAUAGCACUUAAAACUGUAACAGGUAUUACAGUCACAGCAUGUUGUUAGUAAACAGGUGUAGCUAAGCUAGAAAUGUCAGCAUUAGGAUCUCUUGGUAACAGCAUGCCUGCCCAGGCUGUGUGUAGCCUCAACGUGGAGUCCUCUACUUCUGGCUCUUCAUUAACAAAACCCUUCAAACUGAAGAAGAGAAACAAGAGCUGUUUAAUGGGAUGCCAGAAAAUCUGCCAGGGACUUAAAAGAAAGCAUAGUGAAGUUUUGGAAGAUGGAUCUUCAGACUCUCAGCUGGAAAGCACACUGCAUCAGAAGAAGAAAAGGACCGAAAAAGUUGUUAAUAAGACAGAGUCUGGGUGUUCAGGUUCCCUGAGUGGCACCUGGGAAGUGGACAGUGGUUUCUCAUCCGAGAUCAGUCCUCCCACCAGCGGCCGGAGUUCUCCUUGCUUUGGAGUUCAGCCUGCCAUGCUGCUGGCUAUGGACUGUGAGAUGGUAGGAACUGGCCCGAACGGACAGAUUAGUGAACUGGCCCGGUGUAGUCUCCUAAAUUACUAUGGAACUGUGAUCUAUGACAAGUAUGUCCUUCCCCGUCGGCCUGUCAUGGACUACCGGACAAGGUGGAGCGGCAUUAAAAAGGAGCACUUGAUAGAUGCUUUGCCAUUUGAAGAAGCGAGAAAUGAGAUUUUGCAGAUCAUUAAAGGGAAGGUAAUAAUCGGCCAUGCUCUGCAUCACGACUUUGCUGUUUUGAGAAUAAGCUUGCCACAUCACAUGAUCAGGGACACUUCCUUGUCGCAUUUGUUGCGACAGCGUUAUGGUGUUACUACAGGACGCGUAUCUCUAAAAAAACUGGCCGGGAAUCUACUCAACAGGAACAUACAGAUGAACAGCACCGGUCAUUGUUCUGUAGAAGAUUCUCUUGCUGCCCUGGACCUCUACAAGUUGGUGGAAGAAGAGUGGGAAAAAUCUCUACAACCUCAUGACCCUCAUGACUCGACAGCCUCUCUGGACCACUACAUGCAGGAUGAAUACUGGCCUGAUAGUUUAACCGACUGCAAUGAGUGAGACACCUGGAAAGACCUACAAAGGCUGGUCUGAAAGGUUCCUGCAUUUGCCUCUGUCCACUGUGUGGGCUGCUGGCAGAGAUUUCUCUUCUGAUGAAGCUACCAUGGGUAUGGUUUAAGUGAGAGCUUUUUGGCCUACUUUACCUCCAGUGUAAACAUGGACAUGGUGAUCUUAGACGUUAAAUACUUAAAUCUAAAGUUUGUUUUUAACAUUUGAAACAAACAAUUUGAUGUUCUUUGUUCAUCUUCACAGUUUCCCUAUUUCUUGGCUGCGUUUGGUUAACAGGCCAGUUUGCUGUUUACUGUGUUUCCCAACUUUUUUUUUUUACACACCUGAAAAAAUAUAGGUUGGUUUGAUGCACUUAAUAUUACAGGGACUUGUGGUUAAAGCAAAGUAGAAAUACAUUUGCUUUAGUGAUUAAAAAUGUUCUUAAAUUACCUCCAAACCUCAUUAUGCAGACUGGGUAUACUUGUUCAGGUUUGAAAUAACAAGUUGGUGUGAUUUUUAUCUUAAGUUACCAACUCAUAAGCUUGGUAAAGAUUCCUGCAAUGUAGUGCAGUGUACGUAUAUUUAUAAAAUUAUUUAUAAAUAAUAUUUAUAAAUAUGAUGUAUCUCAAUUUCCAGGUAAUUAUAUUACAAUUUGUAAUUGUUAUUAAAAAAUUCAUUACAUCCUUGA